CCCACGUCACAAUUUCAGCUAAGCCAAAUUGCAAACACUCACAGUAGUGUGAGAAAAGUGGAGUGAGUGUGAGAAAAACAAACUCUAUUAAAUUCAUAUGUUCAAGAAAUUAAGAAGUAGAAAUCAAAAUCAAAAUUCUCUUCUUCUUCAUUGUCAACAUUGUUCAGCUUCAUUCCAAUCACAGUGUUUUCUUUAAAAUGUCUUUUGACGAUGAGUUCUUGAACUGUGAUGAUUUCGAUCUGCAGUUUUGGAUUGAUGAACCAGUUUUUCCAUUUGAGAGUUCACCAGUACCUGAUCUUGAUAUUCUCAAUACCAAUUCAGUCUCAUCAAAUGAGAAUCAGAGUAAUGAUUCGAUUCCGAUGAACCCAUUUGAUGAAUUGUGUCCACCAAGUCAUGAACUUAACAAUCUGUCACUUCAAAAUGAAACUCAUUCUCAAUUCCUUUCAUCAUUACCUGAUAACAACUCUGGUUUUUAUUCUGAAAAUGGGUUUAUAUCAGGAUUAAAUGAUAAUUCGCUGACUGGAAUCAAGUUAGAAGAUCGUUUUACUACUGCUGGUCCUCCUCAUCUUGAUACCACUAGUUUCAUCAAUUCUGAUGAGAAAAUGAUGAUGCAGAGGAGUUUCAGUAGUCAUUCUCUUGAUCAAACACCAAACGAUUUCUUCCAACCAGGGUUUAACCCUUUAAUGCAAACACCUUAUUUUCCUGCAUUUUAUGAACCCAUGAUCAGAAAAGUCUCUAGCACUGGUGAUUUACAGAGAGUACACUCAAGUAAUGGGUAUUCAUCAAGUCCAUUAUCUGCUACUGAGAAUUGUUCAUUAGUGGAUGAAGCUAACUUCAAAGCAAAACCUUACACCGCUGAAGAGAAAAAACACAAGAUUGAUAGAUACAGAAACAAACGUACUCAAAGAAACUUCAACAAAACAAUCAAGUAUGCAUGUCGAAAAACUUUAGCCGACAGUCGUCCAAGAAUACGUGGCAGAUUCGCUCGACACGAUGAACCUUCUUUUGAGAUUCCAAAAGAAGAUGAAGAUUUCUGGGAGCAGAUGUAUGAAACUAAUACGUUUCAAGAAAGUCGCGGAGGGGUACGUUAUAGUGGUUAUGAUCAACAGAAAUAUAUUCAGCAUUCUCAAAGCUUCAAUGAGCAGCAAUACCAGUAUUUUAAUGGGAUUGGUACUAAUUAUAGUACUGUUCCAUGGAAUCCUACUUUAAGUGCUAGCUUUUCUCCACAGAUGCUUCGGUCAUACUGGUAGAAUCCGUAGAAUCUAUGCAAAAUGUUUGCUAUUUGCAACGUAAAUCACAAGUUGGAUUAUAAAUUUAGGAUUUUAGAUAAGUGUCACUGUUCAUGCAAUCUCUUGUGCAAGUGUCGUAGGGUUGAGCACGGAUGGUCAGCUUCGGAUGACUAUGCAAUGGAGUAGUAGUUAAUCGCACAAUAAGACCUUAGCAAGUAAUUACAAUUCCGGUUAUGUUUUU